GAGGGUAUAUUUGUCAAUGGCUGGUAAGUGUCGUCGAGGGGAGCUCUUCUUCUUCUUACACUUGCCACCUGCUCCUUGGGUUCUUCAGACAGACCAAUCUCUCUCUGGAGCGUGAGAUCUUUCUUGAUUUCCACUGUUCGUUUCUCCUGCGAAUCAUCAGAGGAUGGAGAGUGGUGGCCAGUAUGAUAAUGGGCGGUACAAGCCUGAUUACUUCAAAGGGACACCACCUUCUGUGUGGAAUAUAAUGCCUCAGCAUCAGAUAAAGGAGCAGCAUAAUGCCCUCGUCAUGAACAAGAAGAUCAUGUCCAUCCUCGCCGAGAGAGACUCUGCUCUCAAGGAACGAAACGAAGCCGUAGCUGCCAAGAAGGAAGCUUUAGCCGCUCGUGACGAAGCACUCGAGCAACGGGACAGAGCUCUCUCCGAAAGAGACAAUGCCAUCAUGGAGAGGGAAACUGCGUUGAAUGCUCUUCACUACCCUGAGAACAACUUAAACCAUCACAUUCUGUCACGUGGUGGAAAUGAAGGAACCCACCUACCGAACCCUUCCCCUCCAUCAACUAUUCCAGCCGACAAGAAGCCCACCAAAAGGAAAAAAGAGAGCAAACAGGGAAAAGACCUGAACCGUCUGGUCGCUUCUCCCGGGAAGAAGUGCAGAAAAGAUUGGGACGUUAACGACGUCGGUUUAAAUCUACUCGCGUUCGACGAGACGUCGAUGCCAGUGCCCGUGUGCACUUGCACGGGCACUGCUCGUCAGUGUUACAAAUGGGGAAGCGGCGGGUGGCAGUCGUCUUGCUGCACGACCACAUUGUCUCAGCAUCCUCUCCCGCAGAUGCCGAACAAGCGGCAUUCUCGGAUGGGUGGUAGGAAGAUGAGCGGGAACGUCUUCUCCAGGUUACUUAGCCGUUUAGCUGGCGAAGGGCACGACCUCUCCUCUCCCGUUGAUCUCAAGGACUAUUGGGCUAGGCACGGUACGAAUCGGUACAUCACUAUCAAGUAGAGCCACUAUUUUUUUUAUAUUAAGUAUGGUUUCUCUCUUCGGCCCCUUUUAACAGCUAGGUUAAAAAGGAGUGAAGCUUUAGGCUCUUUAUUGUUUUUUUUUUAUUGUCCAUAGUUCCCGUUAAUGCAAAAUGUUUAGUAUUUGUCUUUGACUUGGUUUCGUGUUUGUGUAACUAAUAAGCAGUAGUCUUAGUGAACGAUUUCAAAAUAUGAAACUGAGAUUUCGCUAAAA